AUUCUUCUUCUUCUUCUUCUUUGGUGUUUCUCUCUCUCUCUCUCUCUCUUAUGAGAGUGCAAUAGCCCUAACCAUUAGCCAUGUCUCUGAGGAAGGUCUUUCGCUCUCGCAAAUUCUCCAGAUCCUUCAAGGAAGUUCGUUCCUUCGAUGCCGCCGCCGGCGAAGAAUCGGCUCACGGCAAUGCGUGGUCAAACAUGCUACCGGAGCUUCUCGGAGAGAUCAUACGCAGAGUGGACGCCACCGAGGAACAGUGGCCUCACCGGCAAAACGUCGUCGCUUGCGCCUGCGUUUGUAAGCGUUGGAGGGACAUGACGCGUGAGAUCGUAAAAUCACCGUCUCACAACGGAAAAAUCACUUUCCCUUCGUGCCUUAAACAGCCAGGACCACGUGACGUUCCCCACCAAUGUCUUAUAAAGCGGAACAAGAAGACCUCAACGUUUUACCUCUAUCUUGCCCUUACACCAUCAUUCACAGAUAAAGGGAAGUUCCUGUUAGCAGCUAGGAGAUAUAGGUGUGGUACCCAUACUGAGUAUAUAAUAUCACUCGAUGCUGACGACUUAUCCCAAGGAAGCAAUGCUUAUGUUGGAAAGUUAAGCUCGGAUUUUCUUGGCACCAACUUCACAAUAUAUGACAGCCAGCCGCCCCAUAGUGGUGCAAAACCAUCAAGUGGCAGGGCUAGCCGUCGUUUUGCCAGCAAGCAGAUAAGCCCUCAAGUUCCUGCAGGUAACUUUGAGGUGGGGCAGGUCUCCUACAAGUUCAACCUUUUGAAAUCAAGAGGGCCAAGGAGGAUGGUUUGCUCACUGAAAUCUCCUGUCUCAACAACGAGUGAAAGUUCAGAUAGCAUAUCUCUGGAUGGCCAUAAAAUGCAUAGUAGAGAACUUGCUGCUUUUGGCUACACUAUCUUGAAGAAUAAAGCUCCAAGGUGGCAUGAGCAUUUGCAAUGCUGGUGCUUGAAUUUCCAUGGUCGUGUGACAGUGGCAUCAGUGAAGAACUUUCAGCUGGUUGCUACUGUGGAUCCAAGCCAACCAGGAGGAAAAGGAGAUGAGGAAACAGUUCUCCUCCAGUUUGGUAAAGUAGGGGAUGAUACUUUUACCAUGGAUUAUAGACAACCCUUAUCUGCCUUUCAGGCUUUUGCCAUUUGCUUGACUAGCUUUGGCACUAAACUGGCUUGUGAGUAAUAAUUUUGAUGUCAUCAUACUUAUUUAUUCUGUGGAUGUUAUAAGUGAAUAGUUACUUUUGUUAAUUUUUUCACUCGGUUUUGAGUUUACAAUGUAAUUCAGGAAGCUUGUUGUAAAUGUUAUAUUAUUAAUAGGACAUGACAUCUUCCAUAAUCAAAUAUAUAUUGGUCUC